AACUGGCGGAGUGCCUUCUGAAUCAAAUCACUCGAGUUUGUGAAAAAGCUUCAACUGGCAGGAGGCGAUCCGGACGACAGGAAAGUGUCGCCGAAGAGUCCGCACGGGGCGCGGAGGAAAGCUUCGCACCCCGGGGCGCCGACUGGUGGCCUCGGAAAUGAGGAGCGUUUCUCUCUAGCUGGGGGGAUCUGGAUUAUUAUGCAGCGCUAUGGCUUGGUGUGACCGCGGAGUCCAGACGCUACUGACCACAGUCGGGGCUUUUGCCGCCUUCAGUCUGAUGACCAUCGCGAUUGGCACCGACUAUUGGCUCUACUCGAGAGCGCACAUCUGCAAUGCCACCAACAUCACGAGCGACGAAACUCAAAACCAACCCAAGAAAACUAAAGGAGACCUGACCCACUCCGGGCUCUGGAGGAUCUGCUGUAUCGAAGGUCUCAACAGAGGAAGCUGCUACCGGAUCAACCAUUUCCCUGAGGAUAACGACUACGACACCGACAGCUCGGAGUACCUGCUGCGUAUCGUGCGCGCCUCCAGCGUUUUCCCCAUCUUGAGCACCAUCCUCCUGCUCCUCGGAGGCCUCUGUGUGGGGGCCGGGAGGAUCUACAGCAAUAAAAACAACAUCCUGUUGAGCGCCGGCAUCCUCUUUGUAGCCGCAGGUCUGAGUAACAUCAUCGGCAUCAUCGUGUACAUCUCGAGCAACGCAGGGGACCCUAGUGACAAAAAGGACGAGGACAGAAAGAACCAGUACAACUAUGGCUGGUCCUUCUACUUUGGGGCCCUGUCCUUCAUAGUGGCCGAAGCCAUUGGCGUGCUGGCCGUCAAUAUUUACAUUGAGAAGAACAAGGAGACGCGCUUUAAGACGCGCAGGGAGUUCAUCAAGGCCUCGUCAUCCUCCUCCCCGUACUCCAGAAUGCCCAGCUACAGGUAUCGGAGGAGACGGUCAACGUCCAGCUCCCGUUCCACAGAGCCCUCCCCUUCUCGGGAGACGUCACCCAUGGGACUCAAGAUGCUGGGUUCCGUGCCCAUGACUGAAAUCUCCAUGUACACCCUCUCGCGAGACCCUCUGAAGAGCCCCACCAGUGGCACGUACAGCUCUGAGCAGGAUGCGGGCUUCCUGCAGGUCCACAACUGCUUUCAGAAGGACCUCAAGGAGGGCGUCAACAGGAGGACCACACCUGUCUGAGUCACCAGGCGCCGUGACUGGUGAAGUACUGAUACAGCCCCUCCCUGAGAUGGCGAGGGAGGGCCCGGCGUGACGCCCACGGGCUGCUGGGCACACUCCUGCAGGUGCACUUUUUUUUGCGACAACGCCUGAGAAGUUCCAAUUGAGCCAGAAUUGGUAGCAAUAUUCUUGUACCCCAAGCGCAGAUGUCCCGUGUCUUUCCCCACAAGUGUCGUUCUUGCUGUGUCUGUCCCCGUCUAAAAAGUAUUCAGCCCCCCCCAGAAGAGUCCUUUCAACUGGUGCUAACAGGGAUGGAGGCCAUGCCACCCUGCUUUUCCGGACCCCUGGGGAGGUUUGAAGAUACGGCAUGUGUAGCAGUAAUGUCCCCCUCACACAUGGGACCCUCCGUCUGCCUUUCAGAUCCAGUAUAGGACAUCAGAUUACAAAGGAACUGGUCCACGGUUGGGCUCUUCUUUUGCCCAUUUGCCCUUACCAUAAAUGGACAAUUACAGGAUUCUGAGGGGACUGAGUCAAGCAUGCUUUCACUAAACAUUUGAGGGGCACCCCAUUAACCUGUCCUUCCAGUCGCUUCAGCACUAAGGGGGGGUCCUUCUGCAUAUCUCAUAGCUUCAUUUCCAUUCACCCAGGUCAUUCCUUGGAGCAUGGGUAUGGCGUCCUUAGCACCCUCUGCAGCUGCUGCUACACAGGGGGGUAUCUGAAUGGCAGGUGGGCCACCAUGACCUGCUGAGGACUUCAAAAGCUUGCUCCGUGCCAGGCAGGGAGAGAUUAUCAUGUGAAAGUGGGAGCACAAAGCACAUGCCUGACGUGCCAGACCCUCUCCUACUCUGUCUUCAUAAAAAUUUGCUGGAGGCCCAAGGUGACUCGAAACUACAAAGGUGGGUUCAGGAGAUGUCCCAGAAUUGUGGCCGCCCCUUCCACUGCUCAGUAGCUCCUCUUCAGUUUGAGGUGCAAGGGAUGCAUCCAGGAAUGAUUGGGCCAAUUGGGAUAAAGAGGGCCAAUUCGGGUGGCUGUGGCCUGUGAGGAAGGGGAUGGGGGUUUGUUAAAGGUGAAGGCAGAGACUAUGAAUGAGUGGGUGGGGCUCAUUAAAGGAGGGGAAAGGGCCUAAGAAUGAGGAGGUGGGUCUAAUUAAAGGAGGAGGUGGGGCUUGUUAAGGGCAAAGACAUAGACUAUGAGUAAGGGGUGGGGCUAAUUACAGGACAAGGUAAGGCCUGCGAGUGAGAAGUUGGAGCUUGUUAAUGGUGGAGACACGGCAUAGGAUUGAUGAGGUGGGGCGAAUUAAAAAAAGGAAAAGGAGGUUAAACCUGUGAGUGUGAAGCUGGGGCUAAUUAGAAGAGGAGCUAAGAUCUCUAAGGCAGAGAAGGAGAUAAGGACUAAGAAUGAGAAGGAGGAGCUAAUUAUAGGAGGGGCAGGGACUAAGAGUUAGAAGGUGGGCCUAAUUAGGAGAAGAGGAGAUAAGGCCUGUGAGUAGGUGGGCUUUGCUAAUGGUGAAGGCAGGGCCUCAGAGUGAUGGACUUAUUAGAGGAGGUGGGGCCUAUGAGUGAGAAGGUGGAGCUCAUUAUAGGUGAAGGCAGAAACUUUGAGUGAGUGAGGAGGAGGUGCUAAUUUGUGGAGCAGGAGGUAAGGCCGAUGAGUGAGCAGUUGGGACUCAUUAAUGGUGGAGGCAGCACCUGGGAGUGAGGAGGUGAGGCUAAUUAGAAGAGGAGGAGGUGGGAAUCUGUUAGUGACAAAGUGGGACUUGUUAUAGCGGAAGGCAGGGACUAAGAGUAAGAGGGUGAGGCUAAUUAGAGGAGGGGCAGGACCUAAGAGUGAGGAGGUGGUGGGACCUGUGGGGCUCGUUAAAGGUGAAGGCAGGGACUAUAAGUUAGGGGGUGGGGAUAAUUAAAGGAGGAGGUAGAGCCUAAGAAUGAGAAGGAGGUGCUAGUUAGAGGACAGGACAGGGUCUUAGAGAGAGAAGGUGGAGCCUAUGAGUGACAAAAUAGGGGUCACUAAAGGUGAAGGCAGGAACUAUGACUAAGAGGGUGGGGCUAAUUAGAAGAGGGCAUGGCCUAAGAGUGAGGAGGUGGGACUAAUUAGAAGAGUAGGUAAAGCAUAUAAGGGAGGACGGGGGCCUUGUGAGAAUAGGAGAAGUCAAAGCAUAUGAGCGAGUCAGGGAGGGGGUCCUAAGAGCAAGGAGGUUGCUCUACUGGCGGUGACAGUACAGAUUUGUGUUUGGUGGGAGGAGCCGAGAGUCAUGGGAGGAGGAAGAUGAAGGGCCUCUGAGUGAAGAAACACAGGUCAAGCAUUUGAGAGAAGUGAGCAGGUGACACCAAUGGGAAGAGGAGGAGGACGAGCCUAGGAAUGAGACAUCAGGGCUGGUGGGAGACCACGAGUCAGUAAGUAAGAAGGCAGUCCAAGUGAAAGGGGUUAUAAGGCUAAGAAUGUCUGGGAGGUGAGCCUGGGCAGAGGAAGCUGGCCUUGGUUAUUUAAUGAUGGAAGUAAAGCCUCUGAAGCAGAGGACUUUGAAGGAAAGGACUUGAGUGAGGCUGGCAAGAAGAACUUGGGUUAGGGGGGAUCAGAAUUAGGCAAAGAAGACAGAGGUUCAGACAGCCACGGAGAUAUGCUGAGAGGACCUGUGGCCCAAGGCUAACACAGGGAUGGCUUGAAAGGGCCGUCUGGUUUCUUUUUCCAGUACCUGCCAGUGCCAGUGGGCAUGACCCGUUAACAUCAGCUCUGGAUGUGCCAGGUCAGUGCAGCGCUGAGAGAAGAGGCGAGUUGUGCUGCUGUGCCUCCCUCUCGGCGGCUCUGCUGGUCGUUGGUUUCCUUGUUCUCCCAUUCACCGGCAUGUCCUUCAGCGCUAUGUGUUGUGCCAUUCUCCUCCUGUGUCCCUUCUGGUACGUGUCCCUUCCAUGUGAUCUCAGAUUUACAGAAGUCAAUUAAACCAGUAAAACAUACUGGACAAAGCUA